AUAAAGAAAAGACUACAAAAUUUUACUCUACAACGAUCAUAUUUAUAUUCACGAUUUGAAGUCUUCUUAGAUAACUUUUUAAAGCGAGAACAAUGUUUAGUCUAAUGGCAAACUGUUUUACUUGGAUAAAGCGGCGAAAGGAACCGAUAAAGAAAGUCACUUUAUUAAUGGUUGGAUUGGAUAAUGCUGGGAAGACUUCAACAGUAGCUGAUUUAAAAGGAGACUCACUAGAUGGUAUUACUCCUACAGUUGGGUUCUUGUCGUCUUCAUUUUCUUUAUACAGAUUUAAUGUUACAUUAUUUGAUCUUGGUGGGGGAUCAAGAAUACGAGCUAUAUGGAAAAAUUACUUUUCAGAGGUGUAUGGUAUAGUUUUUGUUGUAGAUGCUAGUGAUCGACAACGAUUAGAUGAAUGUAGAGAUGCCUUACAUGAAACAGUCAACAAUUCCAAAAUAUGUGGAAAGCCAUUAUUAAUACUUGCAAAUAAACAAGACAUUACAGGUGCUAUGGAUGAUAAUGAGAUCUAUCAUUGUCUAGACCUUGGUGCACUAAUCGCUAGGAAUAAAUGCCCCUGUCAAGUGUUUUCAUGUACUGCUGUUCUGGGGCAAGGAAAUAAAAUUGAUAGACAAAUAAAGAAAGGUUUUCACUGGUUACUGUCAGAAGUAUCAAGAAAUUUUACGCACCUUUCACAGCGGGUUGAGCGAGACUCGGCAGAACAGAACCGAAUUCUUGCUGAACAGAGAAAACAGAAAUUCGAAAGGGUGAAAAAGGAAAGAGAAGCUCGUGAAAAAGCAGAGAGGGAGGCAGCAGAGAAAGCUGCUAAAGAAGGUGAAGAGUCUGAUGAUGAUGAUUUAGUGGUUGGAAAGAAUUCUAAAAGUCCAUCGUCAGAACCCAGUACACCUGUUAAGGAAAAGAAGAAAAGUAAAAGCAAGAAGAAAACUGUAACAGGAGAAAGAUCUCCAGAAACCACACCCAUAAACGACACCUCAGUGGAAGAUACUAGUGGUCCACCCCGCAGACUAAGACCACUAGGAGACUUAGAAGACAGAGUACAACACAGAGCAAAACUAGAACCUCUAGAUGCUUCACAACAGAGUCUAAAUGAAGAUUCUGAAAASAAAAAGAAAAAGAAGAAAAAGAAAAAAAGAAAAUCAAAUAAGACAGCUCCUAUUGACGAUGACCCAGAUGGGACAGAGCCAUCAUUGCCAUCGGCAUUAGCUUGGGGUACACCACCAAGUACUCUGAAUGGAUUUCCAGCAAGUGCUAAUGGUACUUCUCCAAGGCGACUUGAACCACUUGCGCAUACUUUAUUUCCAGAUUCACGGUUGGCAGGUUCUACCAUACCAGAACAUGACGAGGAAACCGUAGGUCAACGACUUGCACCAAUCAGAAGUAACAAGUCCUGGACAAGAAAUCGACCCAACAGUGAAGACCAUGAUAUCAUGACGUAGUUACGACCAGGAAAUAAGGGGUUUUACGGCGGAGCACAUCGACUAAAGUUUUCCUCUUGGGAAAUGAAAUCUUUUAUCUUAAAAAUAUAUUACAGUUGUUCCUGCCCCUUAAGAAAGCUGCCGUGAUUGGUUGAUGCGCGUGGGUUAUGAGCACGCAGCACGCGUACACAGUUCAGUCUAUAGACCCUUGCAUUCCACGUCAAAGUAACUCAAUUUGGGUGACAAAGCAAAAUAAUUUCAAUCUUCUGAGAAUUGGAAACCUAUUGUUUUGCCCUACAAAUUGAGCUGUAUUCCGACGUGCUGCAAGGGUUCUAUUUCCCCGUUCGUAUCCAAAACAACGUCUAUUCUAAUUUUAUUUCAUAAAAGAAAUAAAAAACUUACUUCGGUGAUGUCUAAAUAUCACAGUUUUCGUUGCUACGCUUGAUUGAGACAACAGUCCAGACAGGUAAAAGAGACAAUAAAUUCGCCGUCAAUCAAAUUAAUUAUUCGGUACCUUUGCAUACUUUGAUUGGCGGUAGUUAUUGCCUGAUUUCCAUGUCGCGAGUGUUGGCUCGAUCAGCGCGUAGCAAUGAAAAAAGCGUAGAAAGUCCUUGCACUUUUUAAGCGAAAUAGUUCCAUCGUUCAUUAGUGCUGUGCCUUACUAGAAAGCAG